AUGGCAACCAUUGAAGGAGAUAAGAAACAAGAAGGGAUCAAGCCGGUGUCGACCGAAGACAAAAACGUGACAAAACCGUUACGAAAUCAAAGGGCGCUGAUUCGCGUCAUUGAAAAGACCAUGAAGGAAAUAGAAUCAACAUUUGAAGAACCGCAACAAGAAGUGGCUUACAGGACAAGUCAGGCACAGCUGGAAAAUUAUCUCAGCAAUGAUGGUAUCUCAGAAAAUACAGUAACAUUGCAAUCAGUAAAAUUGCCACAAAUUACGCUUCCAAGUUUUGACGGAAACCCAUUAAUGUGGGUACAAUUUCGCGAUUUGUUUUUACAGCUCAUUGACGAGCAACCAUUUAAACCAAUGCAAAAAAUGUUUUAUUUAACCACCAAUUUAAUCGGUGAACCGAAAAAUUUAAUCAAACAUUUGCCAGCUUCAACAGAAAAUUAUGCCACAGCAUGGCAAAUUUUAAGAUCUCGAUACGACAAUAAACGUCUACUCAUUACAGCGUUACUCAACAAGUUGUUAAGCCAAUCGUCUUUAACUGCGGAAACUUCAUCAGGUUUAAAAUCGCUGCAUGAUGUCACUAAGGAGUGCAUUUUGGGCUUAAAGGCACAGGGUAUUCUAAUAGAAGAAUGGGAUGCAAUAUUGGUGCACCUCACUUUAAAGAAAUUAGAUAGAGGAACUCAAACAGCAUUUGAACAAUCUCUAAAGGAUAAUCGUUCACUCGUGUCGUUCGAAGAACUUCUACAGUUUAUUGAAAGCCGAUUUCAGUCACUGGAGGCUUUCGGCAGAGGAUUCAACGUAAAGGUCUUAAACACAUCGAGAGUAGUUGCUGCAACAAACGAAGGAUCAAAUUACGAAAAACUAUGUCCAGCAUGCAAGAAUGACCGUCACCCAUUGUACACGUGCAAGUCAUUCAUACAAGAACUUCCCACUAAAAGACUUCAGUUAGUUAAACAAAUGCGGUUGUGCAUUAAUUGUUUAAAGUUUGGCCAUUUUGCAAGAGAAUGCUCGUCAGGCAAUUGUAAAAUAUGCAAUAAAAAACACAAUUCUCUUUUACAUCUGGAUGAUGCAACAUGCACUAACCCAAAUAAAAUAACAAAUUCGAAGCAUACGACAUCAAAAAGUGAAUGUAGAGCAUUAUUAGACUCCGGUUCACAAGUAAAUCUUGUAACGGAAAGACUCAUCAAAAAACUAGGAGAAAAUCCAAUGAAUGUAUCCGCAUGCAUCGAAGGUAUUGGACAAAGGAAACAAAAUGCUCAAAGGCGAGUAAAUUUGGGUUUUAGUUCCAAAAUCAAUGAAUAUGCCGCAAGAGUGGAAGCGUACGUGUUACCAAGUAUCGUGUCUGAUCAACCGAGCAUGCAGCUCGACAUUUCAAAUUGGGACAUACCGAGUAAUAUUAAGUUGGCUGAUCCUUGCUUUCACCAAAAGGGUAAUAUUGAUCUCUUACUGGGGGCAGAAUUUUCACAUGAACUGCUGUCGAUCGGACAGAUUAAAAUUGGCAAUAAUCUUCCAAUAUUGCAAAAUACGUUACUGGGCUGGAUUGUGAUAGGAAAAAUAACUGACAACAAUUUAGGUGUGCAGAUGCAAACAUGCGGCAUUUGCUCGGACGAUGAAGAACAAAUAGAAAAGCAAGAAGAGUUGUGCGAAUCGCAUUUUAUAAACAAUGUACAAAAAACCAACCAUGGUCGAUUUAUUGUGAGAUUACCGUUUCAACAAAAUCCAUCAAUUCUCGGAGAUUCUCAAAACACAGCGAUAAACCGAUUUUAUGCCCUAGAAAGAAGAUUAAGCAAAGAUGAAGCAGUCUGGAAGCAGUAUGUAGAAUUUAUGGAUGAGUACGAAAAGUUGGCCCACAUGAGCAAAAUUCAUAUCGAGGACAUCACAUCACAUUAUUUGAUCCCACAUCAUUGUGUAAUUCGACCUACCAGUAGUUCAACAAAAUUGAGAGUAGUGUUUGAUGCAUCGUGCAAGACCAACAACGGGUUAUCAUUAAAUGACAUAUUGUUAACAGGCCCAAAAAUUCAGAGUGAAUUGUUUUCCAUUUUACUUCGUUUCAGAUGCCCCAGAUUUGCAUUUUGCACAGAUAUUGAAAAGAUGUAUAGACAAAUCCUUAUACAUCCAAAUGAUAGAAAAUACCAAAUCAUUGCGUGGAGAAGAUCGCCUAACGACCCAUUGCAGUUUUACCAAUUAAAUACAGUAACUUAUGGCACAAGGUCAGCGCCAUAUCUGGCUACGAAGUGUUUGCAGCAACUAGCAAAAGACAAAUCAACUAAAUACCCGCUUGGAGCCUUGGCAAUUAUAAAUGAUUUUUAUGUGGACGAUUGUCUUAGUGGAUCAGAUAGUCUUGACACAGCUUUAGAAAUACAACGUCAACUUCACGAUUUAUUGGAAUCAGCUGGUUUCAAAUUGCGAAAAUGGUGUGCUAAUAAUCCUUUGCUGCUUCAAGACAUAGCAAAAGAGGACCAAGAGGUCGAUUUAGAUUUCAGCAAUGAAGACCAAGCAUCAGUCAAAACAUUAGGAUUAUCGUGGCAACCAAAGCGUGACAAAUUCAGCAUAAGGAUUGAUUUAACCCCAUCUAAGCGAAUAACAAAAAGAUCGAUAACUUCUAGUUUAGCAAAAAUAUUCGAUCCCCUGGGUAUUUUGGGUCCAGUGUUAGUAACAGCAAAAAUACUAAUUCAAGAUCUGUGGCAACUCAACUUAUCAUGGGACGAAGCUGUGCCGAGUGAAAUACACUGUCCGCCCUUUGGUACUUAUGAUCCGCCAAUAGCAUCAGUUGAUGCCUUAGCAACGUUUGAAGCAGGAACAGAAGCAGUGGCAGUAGCAGCAGCAGCAGUACCAGUAGCAGCUACAACAACAGCAGCCACAUCGGCAACAAUUAUACCCGUAUAUGCCCAAGUGCCACAGUUCAAGUUGUUUGCUCUUUCGUUUGGAGCUAAGUAG